AUGGAGGGCGAUUGCUCACCGUAUUCAGACGGCAGCAAUAGCCAUCAAGCUGUACAACUCCUCACUUGGGGGAAGGAGGAGAAACCGAGGAAACCACCUCCACCGUCGAAAACAGCAGCUUCCAAGCCAGAACUCCCCAGCGCUGAGAGGAAGCCUCAUCUCCCCCGGCCAGAGGACAGAGGCGACAAGCCCACUCCAGAAGCCAAACCCUACAAGCCCCCCGCACCCAACCCACACAAGAAGCCGGUCCCUCUUCCACCCAAGAAGCCAGAGAAGCCCAUUACUCCCUCGUUAAACCUCAAGCACAAUGGAGAGGUGCCUCCUACACGACCAAAGUCAGAGUUAGAGCCAGUAUUGCCAACGAAACAGAAAACGCUGUCUGGAGACUUUGGGGAGAAACCUUCUGAUACAGGAGAUCUGAUGAGUUUUGAUGACUUGUCCGGAGCCUCCGAGAAACUCACUCACCCAACGGCUAACAGACCAAAGAUGCCUGGCAGGAGGCUACCGGGCCAGUUUGUCACGGGACAAUCGCCUCCGAAGGACGUGGCUGCAGAGAAAUCCUUCAAGUUUGAUGAGGAGGAUAGUGCCAAACCCAAGCCAACAGAACACAAAAAGCACUCGCAGCCUUCCAACCAGUCUCCGCCCCUCCAUAGGCCCUCUGAAGCCAAGCCCACCCCCAACAUGGACACCAUCAUCUCACAGAACAGCAAAUUCCACGCAGAGCCGGAGGAGCAGAACGAACUGAAGUACCAGAUAAAAGAGCUGCUGUUGUCUGUGGAGCUGCUCAAAGCCCAGCAAAUGAAAGAGAUAGCAGAGCUGCGACGAGAGGUGGAUGAGGAGCGGCUGAAGCGCUUAGCCCUGCAGAUAGAGGUAGAGAAGUUAAAGCGGGUCAUCCAUUCAACGUGAAGCGUUCCGUCGGAUCAACAGCAAGCCUGAAGCUCAGCUGCCAGCCUGCCGAGUGUGGCGGCGGCCAUGGACCGGCGGCUGAUGGGAUGAAGAGACGGUGGACAAUCCAACCAACCUCCUUCUCCACAAUCUUCAAAAAAAAAAAAAAAAAACUCUAACAAAAUUGGAAAAACCUUUUUUUUUGCACAUAUCUUUUUUUUUCAAGCUAGGUGUAAUUGACAGUUAUGCUGUAUGUUUCUGUGUUUUGUUAAUUUUGCCAACACAAAACAGAAUAACUGAGGCCUUACUUCAAACUACUGUGCUGGACGGCUCCGCCCCCUGCUCUCUGCUCGCCCCUCCAGCAUUCCUUUGGGGGACGGGAUUGCUCUCAGAACUACUGACUGCCCAAAGCAGAGGCUGCUUCUCCUCAUCUAGCUUCCUUUCUCUCGUUUUAUGAUGCACACAUCUUUGAUUCUCCUUUUUUUUUUAAAAGUUGGAUCUAUGAGCUGGUUUGAGUUGAGAUCUUGGGAUUCAAAUGGUUUUUCUUCCAUGGCAGCUGUCUCUUUGUGGCUGCAGAGCUUUAUGGGGCUUUUUUGCUGUUUUUUUUUUUUUGUCUUAUGUUUUCUAACAAUUCUAUCCAGGGUUACACUACUGUGCCUGCUUAAAUACAGAAACUAAAGUAUAUUAAAUGUUUAUAAUUGGGAUCAGGAAGACUUGCAUCAUGAUUAUUAUUGUAUAUGUAUAUUUUUAAAUCUAUGGAUUUGUCAAAAUCUAUAUAGUGGGCCUUUUUCUGUGCUGGUCUCUUCUAUUUUUGUGACACUUUCUCUGAGAAUGUUCUCAUAGCUAUAAUAUAUAUAUAUAUAUAUAUAUAUAUAGAACACGGAUGUGCAAAAAAAAAAAGAAAAUUGUAAAGUUGGAAGGAAUCAGAGGGGUGUGAGCAUCUCUUGAUCCAAGGUGAAUCAUCUGAUUGGAUCUUUGUCUUCCUGCUGGUCCCCUCCUACGUCCCCAGUACAGGAGAUAAACAAACUGGAAGCUCAGAACGGCAGCAAUAAAACACAUUCAAACACCGACGGUUUGAUGGUUUGAUUUGGCAGCACUGACUGCAGGUGAAUGCAAAGAUCUCCAACCACUUGGAACGAGCAAACAUUCGUCUCGGUGUGAAGAUUGAUCCUUCCGUCUUUAUUUCUCUUCCUUUUUUGGACAAUUAUGCUGUUUUUUUUGUUUGUUUUUUUGUUUUAAAGCAGACAAACUUUUUUUGCAAGUUUCAAAGUUUGUACUUUUCAUAGUUUAUUCCAACUCUAUUGUAACGAGAUGGAUUUAAACUGCUGCAGGUUAUUAACGGGAGGUAGUUUUCAGUCCAACUGGAAAAAAGGAAACACGCAAUUAUCCCAUUAGUCCAUCAAAGCGUUGGCCUCUUAACCUCUGAGAAUGGAUGCAUUUAUUGAAUAAAAAAAAUAAAAACCUCAGUUUAAAGAUCUCAGUCAGCUAUCAGUCAGGAUAAAACUAAAAUACUGUUUCACUUCUGUAUUGUUUUAUUGGUGUACUGGUGAUUGAAUCUCUGUACAAAAUAAAUCUAACCUGAACUUUUAAACCAAGGCCUUAAUUUUCUGCACUGAGGAAACGUUUAAUAUAAGAUUCUCGCUGUAUCAUAUUUAAACACACAAAAAUUGAGUUGUAGUUAUUUACAAGACUGCUAAAAUAAAGCAAUCCAUUAGAAUCUAAACUGGAAAUAUGAAAUCCACCAGAGGGACAUGUUGGAGCCUUCUUUCAGCCAGCUGACCAGCAGUGAGGUAUGAGGAGCUCUUUAAAGGGACCUCCGCUGCCCAACAUCCUCUGAAAUCUUGUGAAUAAACUUUAAAGACCAAAUUUGUGUAAAAGCUGUUUCUAACGCCAUCUCUAUUGGGGACCUAAUUCUGCCUUCAGGUUCCUCGUCAGGCUAAUUUUACUCCUCACUGCUUGUCAGACAGAAAGUUCUGGAAUUUUCUGCUAUUCAUGGUUGGAAUCAAAAAGCUGAAAAAGAGAAUCACAAACUGUAUUUCCAACCUAAGCUGUAGUAAUGUUUUAGCUCCAGCUAAAAUGCAUCUGCUUCCCGUCUACAGCACAACAGUACGGUGUUUCUUGUAAAGCAUAUCUUGGUGUUCUUACUUUGAUUUCACACUUUUGGGCUGCAGAGUGUUUUAGCCACGUGAAAUCUGACCACUCUGAGUUCAACAUUCAUGCAGUGCACCGAUGACGCCAUUAGGCACGUUUCCUUUGUGCUCUCAAAGACAAUUACCUGCCUGGAAAUUUAAUGAAAUAAUGACUUUGUUGGCAAAGAGGAACUGUACCAGAAAAUAGCUUCCACUUGUUCUACAUGGAGAAUUCUGUUUACAAAAGUGGUAUCUUUGCAUGAGCUGAUGUUCUUUGCAGAAAUGAAUAAAUAUCAUCUCUA